UACAGUUGAGACCAUCCUCAGUUUUUGCCAAGGCUUUUAUAGAAGACCUGGAGGGUGGAAAGCUGACCGCAAUCAAGCUCGCUCAGACAGAAUCUGAACCUGCACAAUUCCCAUCUGAUACACUGAUAAGACCUAAGUCAGGAUGAACUGGGGCUUUCUGGAGAAUGUGCUCAGCGGGGUCAACAAAUACUCCACUGUGAUUGGACGAGUGUGGCUGUCCAUCCUUUUUGUCUUCCGUAUCCUGGUGUAUGUGGCGGCAGCCGAGCAAGUCUGGAAGGAUGAGACCAAGGACUUUAUCUGCAACACCCGGCAGCCUGGCUGUGAGACCGUGUGCUACGACCAUUUCUUCCCCAUCUCCCAAGUACGCCUGUGGGCCCUCCAGCUCAUCAUGGUGUCGACGCCGUCCUUGCUGGUGGCUCUGCAUGUGGGCUACCGUGAGCACCGAGAGGCCAAAUAUGGAAAGAAGCUUUACGAUAACAAGGGCAGGCUUGAUGGAGGUCUACUUGCCACCUACAUUAUGAGCCUCGUCUUCAAAACUACGUUUGAGGUUGGGUCUCUGAUCGCCUUCUACCUCCUGUACAAUGGCUUCACCGUCCCUAGGCUGCUCCAGUGCAGCCAAGAUCCUUGUCCCAACACGGUGGACUGCUACAUCGCAAGGCCCACAGAGAAGAUGAUUUUCCUCUACAUCAUGGGCUGCACAUCCAUCUUAUGCAUCUGUCUUAAUGUCAUAGAGAUGAUGUACAUUAUCUCCAAACAGUGUUGGAAGUGUUUCAGCAAACGCUAUGUGCCUAUAGAAGAGAGGAGACGUUGUCACUGUGGCAAAGCUCACGCACUGCUAGCAGACUCAGUAGGAGCACUGGUAUUGCCUCAGGCCAAAGAGGUGAGCUCACAGUUGGAGUUAAAACAGGAAAGUCCUUCCUGAUGAGUGGGCUUGGGGGACUAUGGUUGUUCUUCCACGAAAGGGGAAAACCAACCUCAAAUUUCUAUUUGAGUUUCAUCGGAACCAUUCUUUUCUGACCAAUGAACUUUAAAAAAAAAAAAAAAAA